CCCAGAGCCAGGGCAGCGAGAAAGCAUCUGACAGAGUCAGCAGAGCAAGACUCGCCUCCAACAAGAGGAACGACAGACCCUUAGGCCAAACCUGCCACAGACCCCAAGCCCCCAUCAGACAAGCAGGACCCUCAGCAACCCAGGUGAUUCUGGGGAAGUAGGGACCAGCUUGAUGGAUGACUCCAUAUGCCCUAAGUUCAAGACUUGUCACACAUCAACCAUGCUGGUGGCAGGGUGAGACCCAGAAGGAUGGCCGACGCCCAGACACAGGUGGCCCCCACAUCAACCGUCCCAGUGGCAACUGCAGAGGACCUGCCCCUCCCUCCACCACCUGCCCUGGAGGAUCGGCCAACCCCACCACCCAAAGAGUCUUUCUCCAAGUUCCACCAGCAGCGGCAAGCUAGCGAGCUCCGCCGCCUCUACAAGCACAUCCACCCUGAGCUCCGCAAGAAUCUGGCAGAGGCUGUGGCUGAAGACCUGGCUGAAGUCCUGGGUUCUGAGGAGCCCACCGAGGGUGACGUCCAGUGCAUGCGUUGGAUCUUUGAGAACUGGCGGCUGGAUGCCAUUGGGGACCAUGAGAAGCCACCUGCCAAGGAGCCCGUGCCUGGAGGCAGUGUGCAGGCCACCUCCCGGAAGUUUGAGGAAGGCUCCUUUGCCAACAGUAUAGACCAGGAGCCAGCCGGACCCCGGCCAUCCAGAGGGGAUGUUAGUGCAGCCCGCUGGCUGUUUGAGACAAAGCCUCUGGAUGAGCUGACAGGCCAGGCCAAGACAGCGGAGGCUACAGUGAGGGAGCCUGCAGCCAGCGGAGAUGUCCAGGGUACCAGGAUGCUCUUUGAAACACGACCGCUAGACCGCCUGGGCUCCCGCCCCUCUACCCAGGAGCAGAGCCCCUUGGAGCUGCGUUCGGAGAUCCAGGAGCUGAAGGGCGAUGUGAAAAAGACUGUGAAGCUGUUUCAAACGGAGCCACUGUGUGCCAUCCAGGAUGCAGAGGGCACCAUCCAUGAGGUCAAGGCCGCCUGCCGGGAGGAGAUCCAAAGCAAUGCGGUGAGGUCUGCCCGUUGGCUCUUCGAGACCCAACCUCUGGAUGCCAUCAACCGGGAUCCUAGCCAGGUGCGGGUGAUCCGAGGGAUCUCCCUGGAGGAGGCUGCCCGGCCCGAUGUCAGCGCUACUCGCUGGAUCUUUGAGACACAGCCCCUGGAUGCCAUCCGGGAGAUCUUGGUGGAUGAGAAGGACUUCCAGCCAUCCCCAGACCUUAUCCCUCCUGGCCCAGAUGUACAGCAGCAGCGGCAUCUGUUUGAGACUCGAGCAUUAGACACUCUAAAGGGGGAAGAAGAGUCUGGAGCAGAGCCCCCACCCAAAGAGGAAGUGGUUCCUGGUGAUGUCCGCUCCACCCUAUGGCUAUUUGAGACAAAGCCCCUGGACACACUCAGAGACAAAGUCCAAGUGGGUCACUUGCAGCGGGUGGGUUCCCCAGAGGGUGAGGGGUUCAUGUAUGAAUGUCUACCCAGUGAUAGCUCCUCAGCACUGUCCCUCUCUCAGAGUGCCCCCCAGAAGGAUGGGGUGAAGGGAGACGUGAAGACCUUCAAGAACCUUUUUGAGACCCUUCCCCUGGACAGCAUUGGGCAGGGUGAAGCUUUGGCCCACGGGAAUGUAAGCAGAGCAGAAGGAACUGAUUCUGCCAGGCAGUCUCAGGACACAGGAUCCCCAGUGUACGCCAUGCAGGAUGGCAAAGGCCACCUCCAUGCCCUGACUUCUGUCAGCAGAGAGCAGGUAGUCGGAGGUGAUGUGCAGGGCUACAGGUGGAUGUUUGAGACACAGCCCCUGGACCAACUAGGAAGAAGCCCCAGUACUGUUGACGUGGUACGUGGCAUCACCCGACAAGAAGUAGUGGCUGGAGAUGUGGGCACUGCUCGGUGGCUCUUUGAGACCCAGCCCCUGGAGGUAAUCCACCAACGGGAGCAGCAGGAACGGCGGGAAGAAGAAGGAAAGCCUCAGGGAGGCCCUCAGCCUGAUGCACCCCCCAAGGGUGAUGUGCAGACCAUCCGAUGGUUGUUUGAGACAUGCCCGAUGAGUGAGUUGGCCGAGAAGCAGGGGUCAGAGGUCACAGAUCCCACAACGAGGGCCAAGGCACAGUCCUGCACCUGGAUGUUCACACCCCAAACCCUGGACAGGCCAGAAGGCUCCAGGGAGCAGCACCUUCAGGUUAGCCAGGUCCAGAUGGGGGAAGGACAGACAGACAGGCAUGUCUUUGAGACUGAGCCUCUGCAGGCCUCAGGCCGUCCCUGUGGAAGAGGGCUUGUCCGCUACUGCAGCAGAGUGGACAUCCCUUCAGGGCAGGUGUCUCGUCAGAAGGAGGUUUUCCAGGCCCUGGAGGCAGGCAAGAGAGAAGAUCAGGGGUCCAGGGUAAUCCCUGAGCCCAUCCCAGCGGGCUCUGUGCACAAGUUCACCUGGCUCUUUGAGAACUGCCCCAUGGGAUCCCUGGCAGCUGAAAGCAUCCGAGGCGGCAACCUCCAGGAAGAGCAGCCCAUGGGCUCCUCAGGUGACGGGGCGCUGGAGAGGCAGGAGACUGCAGCUGAGGGGACCCUGCGGACUCUGCACGCCACGCCUGGUAUCCUGCACCACGGAGGCAUCCUCAUGGAGGCCCGAGGGCCAGGGGAACUCUGCCUCGCCAAGUACGUGCUCCCAGGCCCAGGGCAGGGGGGCCCCCAUGUACGGAAGGAGGAGCUGGUGUCUGGAGAGCUUCCCAGGAUCGUCCGCCAAGUGCUGCGCAGGCCAGAUGUGGACCAGCAAGGGCUGCUGGUGCAGGAGGACCCAGUGGGCCAGCUUCGACUCAAGCCACUGAAGCUGCCAGCACCAGGCAGCAACGGGAAUGUGGAAGACAUGGAUCCUGAGUUCCAGCAGUUGCUGGCUUGUGGCCUUGGGACCUCGGUGGCAAGGACAGGGCUACUGAUGCAGGAGACAGAGCAGGGCCUGGUUGCACUGACAGCCUACUCCCUGCAGCCCCGGUUAACCAGCAGGGUCCCCGAGAGGAGCAGUGUGCAGCUGCUGGCCAGCUGCAUAGACAAAGGAGACCUCAGUAGCCUGCACAGCCUGCGGUGGGAGCCACCAGCUGACUCAAAUCCAGUGCUGGCCAGUGAAGGUACCCAGAGGCUGCCCCUGACUGAGAGCAUCAUCCAUGUUCCCCCACUGGACACAAACAUGGGAAUGGGGCAUCUGAGAGGGCCAGGGGUCACCCCCUGUCCCCCACAGGCCACUAAGGCAGUCCCUCAGGCUGGGGAAGAAAAGCAGGAAAGGAGGUGCACUGGGCAGAAAGGCAUGGAAGCUUUGGGAAAGUUGAACGGAGCCACGACUAUGCCCCCAGAGACCAGGGCCCCAGACCUCCAGGCCGCCAUGCAGAGUCUGAAGACAGCAACAACUGAAGCCCAAAGCCUGCACCAGCAAGUUCAGAGCAAGAACAAGCAGGGCUCCGCCCUUGGAGCCGCCUCUAUGCCCUUCCAGGGUGGGUUUCUGCAAGCACCGGCCAUGGCCAUUGGGACUGCCCAGAACAACAUCAGGCCUCUGGCUGGAGGUGACCCCAGGAUCCCAGCAGCCCCCAGAAAGCUGCUGUGACAGGACCUGAUUUCCCAGCACAAGGCGGCCAUGAUGAGGACACCACCCACCAGGCCUCCAAGCCCCAGCAGGACCCUCUUCUCCACUCCCACAGCAGCCCUGCUGGCCAAAGAAGUCCUGGGGAAUCACAGGCAAAG